AUGUCAGAUUGGCACCAGGUCAAGUUGAAAGAGAUGAUCGCCGAUGUUGUUGCCCAGGUCUCAGGACGCGCAUUCCUAGGCCACGACUUUUGCAGGGAGCGCGCUUGGAGAGAAGUAAUAAUUGGCUACUCUUAUGGAAUGUUGAAUGCUGCAAGAGAACUUCAUCUUUGGCCUAAGUUUCUGCGCCUUGUAGUUGUAUGGCUCUUACCAUCAUGUCGAAGGCUUCGGGAGACGCUUCAGGAAGCACGAACUCAUCUUGAGCCUGUUGUGAAGGCGCGCCAUGCAAUUAUUGCCGCCAGCAAAGAGAAGGGAUAUCCCUCGCAAACAGGCCUAUGCGCUUUAGACUGGCUGGAAGAAGUCGCCCAAGGCCGGCCAUACGACCCCAUUGCUAUUCAAGUGUGUCUUGCGUUCGUUGGGAUGGAUACGGACUUGAUAUUCCAUGUCAUCUCAGAUUUGUCCCAGGAUCAGGAGCUCGUAGACGCCCUUCGGGAGGAGAAAAGCAGUGUCUUUGAGGGAAAGGAAUUUGGUGGCAAACAAGAGUUACAAAACUUGAGACUUCUAGAUAGUGUCAUCAAGGAAAGCCAAAGAUUGCGACCGACUGGAAAAGUAUCGAUGCAUCGUAUCGCAAAAGAGACAUUCACACUGCCCGGUGAUGUCUAUGUACCCAAAGGAACAUGCCUUGGAGUCUCAACGAGCCAUAUGAUGGGCUCGUCAGUCUGGCCCGACGGUGAAAAAUUUGAUGGGUAUCGCUUCUAUAAGAUGCGACAGAGCCCAGACAAGGCAAAUUCCGCUCAACUUGUAGCUACAAAUCCAGAGCAUAUGGGGUUUGGGUAUGGCAAAAUGGCAUGUCCGGGAAGAUUCUUCGUUGCGAAUGAGAUGAAAAUCUUUGUCAUUUUGUGA